AUGAAAUCUCAACUUCGGAUAUCAAUCCUGCUACUAUUCUCAUAUUUUUUGUCACUAUGCGCCGAGAAAAUCGAUGAUUCCAUUCAUUAUUAUAUCCAAUUCACCAAUGAUCUUUCAAUUAUCAAGGAACCGCCAACACUAGAAGAUAGCGAAUCGUCAGAUGAUUAUGUGAGAAUUAUGUCAAAAAAUAAUGAGCAAUUUCUCUGUAAGCUUCCGCAAAUUGUUCCGGACGAGGAGAAAACUGUAGAAUAUUCUGGGCUCACUGCUGGAAAAUUGCUGGAGACGAUACUCUAUAAAGAGAAGUUGUGCUCGUAUUUGAUUGAUGUCUAUUGGACGUAUCAGGUAUGCCAUGGUCGCUAUGCGAUUCAAUUCCACGAAGACAAAAUGCUAAACGGGCAAAUUUCAAGAACUGAGUAUUAUCUUGGUAACUUCGAUGCAUCACUGACAGCUUCAACCAACGAAAACAUAAAACCACAGACUCGCAGAAUUGAAAACGAGGAUUAUCCAUACUACUCGGUGUCUUAUAAUCAUGGAACCACAUGUGAUGUUACUGGGAAACCGAGAACCACCGAUGUAGUCUACAUCUGUGUGGAGAAGGUGCAGAACAAGAUUCUCUCUGUCACAGAAAUUUCUUCUUGUCAUUAUGAAAUUGUCAUAAUGACCGAUUUGUUGUGCAGACAUCCUGAAUAUCGCAUAUCGGAAAAGAGAAAUCACAAGAUUUUAUGCUGGAAUCAGGACGCCAAAAAUGAAAAAGAUGCAAAACCGAUGUCACUUCAGAGACUUGACGAUUUUCAUGAUACGACGUUUAAAAGGGAAUUUACCAUCAACGAGUUUGAAGAGCAUGAGGAGGAGGUGGAGGAGGGAGGAGUUCUCGAUGAGAAGGAAUUUCAAAGAUUGAAGGAAGUUCAGCAGACCGGGUUCGUACUAGGCGGGGUUAAAAGAUUCACCGCCAAAGACUCCCUAGCCAAUGCUCCAUCUGUCGUUCAACACACUGUGAAUCGUAUUUUGACUGGCGAAGACUGUAUUAUUGCUGGUACCGGAUGGUGGAAGUAUGAAUUUUGCUAUGGGAAGCAUGUGAUUCAGUACCAUGAGGAUGCUAAUGGACAACGAUCGGAGAUUCUUUUGGGUUCUUUUGAUGCCGUUAUUCAUAAGGAAUGGGUUAAAUUGGAUUCGAAGAAUCGUGGUGCUAUCAAGGGAACUCAACAAAUCAUGCAACUAAAUCAUAUCUAUUCGAAAGGAGACAUUUGUGAUGAAACUGGAGCGCAUAGAAAUGUCGAAGUGCGCGUUCGAUGUGCCACAGCUGACCAUAGCGCUCUCGCCUUUUCAAUGCAUCUCACCGAGCCCAAAACCUGUCAAUACGUGCUCACAAUCGAAAGUGAAAGAUUCUGUGAACCCUUCCAGUUUGCUGACGAUUAUGGUUUUAUUGAAAUCAUACCAUUAGGCGGACUUCGAACGGAAACCACUACUGCAGUUUAUACGGAUGAAGAGGAUGGCGUUGUGGCUGAAGAAGAGGAAGAGCAUGGAGAUGAAGACGACGCGAAAAUACACGAGGAGUUGUAG